AUGCAGAAACUCCUGGGUAGUGCCCGUACUUUCCACGUCACGCGCCGCAUUACUUUUCGGCCCCGGGACCAAGCCAUCCAUCGAUUUAGCUGCAGCGCGGCCCUUCGGCCUUGCUUUGCAAUGCGCGGGACGCGCAGCCGGAGCUGCCUUUUGGUAGCGGUACUGGCGCCCGUGGCGGCGCUGUGGCACUUGUGGGCGCCAGAGGGCUCGCCUCUUGCCUUCACCAAGAAGGCCAAAGUGGUGGACGAAGAUCCAGUGGCCCGCACCAAGCGACUGCUGACAGAGGCGGACGCCGUGUUCUUUGACGUGGAUAGCACCGUGGUCACCACUGAGGGCAUCGACCUCAUAGGCAAAUGCUUCGGCAUUAUGAAAGAGAUUUCGGAGCUGACACACAAGGCCAUGAACGGUCACGUGAAGUUCCAGGACGCCAUGGCGGAACGCUUGCAGCUCAUGGCAGACCAUGGCAUGGACAAAGAGAAGCUGGAGCAGUGCGUGAAGACGGAAGGCACUCCCCAGUGGACGCCCGGUAUCAAGGAGGUGGUGCAGAUGCUUCACAAGCAAGGAACCGACGUCUAUUUGGUUUCCGGUGGUUUCCAGAACAUGAUCAAGCCCAUAGCGCUAGAGCUUCACAUCCCGCAGAAGAUGAUCUACGCGAAUGAGAUCUUGUUCGACGGGGAGGGGAAGUACGCGGGCUUCGACCGCUCAGCGCCCACCUCGGCCAGCGGCGGGAAGCCCAAGGUCUUGAAGCUCAUGAAGCGCCAGAAGGGCUACAAGACCAUGAUCAUGAUCGGGGACGGUGCUACUGACCUGGAUGCUCGCACGAAAGGACCCGCCAGCGCCUUCAUUGGCUACGGUGGCGUGCAAGUGCGGGAGAAGGUCAAGAAGGGCGCUGAUUGGUUUAUCACCAACUUCCAGGAGGUUUUGGACGUUUUGCCCAAGGGCACGGACUUGUGA